CAACACACAAACAACGUACUUAAAGCGCAUAAAUUUAGCACAAGUAAAGAAGCCUAUAGUAUAACCAAACUCACUAAGCAAUAGCAGCUCUUAUUUAAGCCCAUUUGCUCGCUACGCCACGCUCGUUACGCCUGCUAUGCUACACGCUCUCCGUUUCUCCACCGCCACUCCCACGCGGCUCGCUAAACCAACGUUCAGCUUCCGCUCGAUCCUAGAACAAAAAACUGAUUACAUCAAUGCCGCCACCAAGCGCGGACUUUUACCUGACGUCAUUGCCUCCAUCCAUAGCCUUGAUGGGCUACACCAUGACUACGCCACGCUCCGCGCCGAGGUCAGCCGCCUUAAGGGUUCCAGAAACACCCUUGGCAAAGAAAUGAAGGAUAAAUCACUCAACCCGGACGUCAGAGCCAGUAUAGUGACCCAGCUUGGCCAGUCUAAGACCGUUCUUAAGGACUUGGAGGCUCGACUCAAAACGUCGGAGCACGAAUUGUACGCAGUGGCUGACAAAUUGCCGAACUUAAUCGAUGCCUCCACGCCAACUGAUGGUAAACCCAAACUCGUCCGCUGGAUCAACGAAAAACCGACAAAAACCAUCCCGUUAUCCCACAGAGACAUCGGGGAGAAACUCAAUCUCCUCGACUUUAUCACUGCUGCCCAGGUUUCCGGCGGCUCCUGGUACUAUCUCUUGAACGACGGUGCCUUGCUCGAGCAGGCGCUUAUCCAGUACGCCAUUUCCAAGGCUCGUGCCCAUGGAUUCCAUAUGGUUGUGCCACCAUCCAUCGUCAAACAGUCGCUCGUCCACGCAUGUGGCUUCCAGCCGCGCGAUCAGGGCGGAGAGCAGCAGGUGUACCAGCUUGCAGGACCAAAUGAGGGACUCAGUUUGACCGGGACCGCGGAGAUCCCGCUUGCGGGGCUAGGGUUGGGACGCACCUUUGAGAAGGAAGCACUUCCGGUAAAGUAUGUCGGGGUCAGCCGUUCCUACCGAGCCGAAGCCGGUGCCAGAGGCAAAGACACCAAGGGUUUGUACCGUGUUCAUGAGUUUACUAAGGUGGAGUUGUUUGUGUACUCGACGCCAGAACAAUCGACUCAGUUGCUAGAAGAUCUUCUCCAGUUCCAGAUCGAAAUGAUUGAGGAGCUUGGUUUGACUGCCAAGGUCUUGGACAUGCCAUCGAAUGAUUUGGGUGCUCCAGCGUAUAAAAAGUAUGACAUCGAGGCCUGGAUGCCCGGCAGAGGUGAUUUCGGCGAGGUAACCUCCAGUUCCAACUGCACCGACUACCAGUCGCGUCGCUUGGGCGCGCGUUUCAUCAACCGUGCGGGCGCUAACCAGUUAGACUUUGUACACACCUUGAACGGGACCGCCGUUGCCGUUCCCAGGCUCAUAGUCGCCAUCUUGGAAAACUUUUACGACGAAGCAACCGAGAGCGUGGCCAUCCCAGAGGUGUUAAGGAAAUAUAUGGACGGGAAGGACCGCAUUGUGAAGUGUUAAUAAAUCGGUGUCUUGUAUUGUCUCAGUAUUCUGCCAUCAGUAGAGUGGUUUGUAUAUAGUCUACGAAUCUCACGCAUCUAGAA